CCCUACGACAAGCUGAGAAGGCGGUCAACAGAAAGAGAACGCUGUUGAGCGAACUUCGUUUAAUAACUUGUUUUAACAAUCCCUUGUAUUUUGUGAAUACUGCCGUUCUGACGAGCAUUGUGAAAUCAUCGAAAAUGACCAGAUCUGUCGACGGUGACCACUCACCCGAGUGUGAUGAUGAAAUGGACAGAGUCGAAGUUUAUCUCAGACUGAAACCAGUAGAUCAUGGAGAGACAGACAUCUCAGAAAUUCAGAAUAGCAAAACAGUCAUUAUAGAUCCGCAGCUCAGCGGCCAAAGGCACUUGUUGAAUCAGAGGGCUGUUCGUUGCACUUUCGAGCAUAUUUUCGGGCCCCGAUGCGACCAGCAAGAAGUCUUUCAACAAGUGGCUUUGCCCUCUGUGCGGGAUGUUCUGUGUGGGAAAUCGGCCUUGAUCUUCAUGUACGGCGUCACCGGUUCGGGAAAGACUCACACAAUGACAGGGACUCCGGUUGAGCCCGGUAUUCUUCCACGAACCCUGGACGUGCUCUUCAACAGUAUACCCUCGCAUCUAAAGGCUAUGAAGUAUUUAUUCAAACCGGAUAACGUAAACGGUUACGACAUCCGUCGAACGGUGGACGCCAUGGUGGAACGUCAGAACACAUUGCUGGCAUCCGGGAACAAAGCGUACCAAACGCCGGGUAUCGAUCGCACUCCCGCGAAGAAGAGGCAGCGUCAGGAACAGAGCGCUUGGGCAAAAAGAGAUCGUCGCGAAUGGGAUCAUUCGAAGGUGAUCGGCGACAUACCGGAUUACUGUAAGGUGGCCGUCUUCGUACAAUACGUCGAAAUAUACAACAAUAGCGUCUACGACCUUCUCGAAGAGGAAGCCCUGAGCGUGCAAGCUCGAGCUCGGGGCCCGCAGUCGAAAAACAUCCGAGACGACGCCUCGAAGUGUACCUACGUUUUCGGUGCUACAGAGGUAGAAGUCGAGAAUGCGGACGAGGCCAUGGACGUUUUCAUCCGUGGGCAGAGCCGGAAGCGAGUUGCUCAGACUCAAAUGAACGCCGAAAGCUCGAGAAGUCAUUCGGUGUUCAUGAUCAAGUUGGUGCAGGCUCCCGUCAGCGAGAAAACCGGGGAAUUGGUUCAGAAGAAAGAGUUCAUCAAAGUGACGCAAUUCAAUCUGGUGGAUCUCGCAGGCAGCGAGAGAGCGCAUAAAACCGCCGCGACCGGAGACCGCCUGAAGGAGGCUUCGAAUAUUAAUAAUUCUCUCAUGUGCUUGCGAGUUUGUCUCGAGCAACUCCGAGACAAUCAGCAGAGGAACACGAACAGAAUGGUGCCGUAUCGUGAUUCGAAGCUCACCCAUCUAUUCAAGAGCUUUUUCGAAGGUUGCGGAAAAGUCAAGAUGGUGGUCUGUGUGAACCCCAGAGCUGAAGACUGCGCCGAGACCCUCGAGGUCAUGAAGUUCUCGGAGACAGCGCAAGAGGUCGAAAUGCAAAGGGUUCAAGCCAACAGGGUUCAACAGUACGUGGAGCCCAGUCCGGCUCAAUCUAUCGAGGAUAUUCAUAUGGCGAUGCGCGAACCGGUGUCUAUCCCUGGCUGCCUGAGUCCGCACACUCACACAGAAGCCGACCUUCUGGCGAUGCAGAAAUUGUGCGCGGAUGGCGCCAAAGAGGUCGCUGCCUUCAGAGGUCUCUUCGAAGAAAAGGGAAUGCAGCUCAGGGACAGCGUGAAAGCCAUGAACGAUGAGCUCGUGAACACCCGAUCCAGAUUGUCCGUACGCGAGAAAGAAGCGAAACAGAAAGCGAAAACUAUCCAAGAGCUAAUGAGCAAGAGAAAUCAGGAGGCUCGCGAAAAGGACCACCUGAAAGAAAAACUCAUGGAGAUCGAAGCCAAGUUGGAGUCGCUUGAGAAGCGUAACGGCCACCUUGAGGAAUCUCUUCGUAAGGCGAAAGACCUCCAGCAACGAAUCAAGAAAGAAGAGGCGACCAAGAGAACGAAGGAACGCGAAGUCCUCAUGUCAAAAAUGGACCGCCUUCUCAACGAACAGAAAUCUGAAGCUAUGAAACAGGGAGCUCAGCUAGCCAAGGCGAAUCUUAUCAAAGACAUCAUUGGUGUCAAUGAGCUCGAAAACUUCGAUACUCUAAGAGCCUCACGGACGCCCAAGAGACCCGCGCCGAUGAAGCAACGUACUCAAACCUUCCACACCCUCGACACGAAAAGCACCCCGUCGGCCAAGAAAACGACUGCCCCGUCGUCAUCAGAACCCGAUCUGAGUGAUGUGGACUCAUUCAAAACACCCAACAUCCACCCAAUGCGAACGCGUCGUCGAUCUCAAAGCAAUAAUAACCGUUGGUUGGAACACACCGACGGCGAGACCCAAGACGAUGCCAUUAUGCAACCGGUCAUAAAGCGCAAGAAGAGCGUCAGCAAGCUCGAAUCGAAGGAUCUCGAGAACGUCGACAACUAUGCUCUCGUAACUAAAGAGGGCUCUAACAUCCAGAUUGUGAAGGGUGACGUACUUGUAUCGCCUACGGGAGGAACGGCGGUCGUUUUCACCGGAGUGGAGACCGUAUCCAGGAAGAAAGUCGGAUCAUCCAAGCGGAAGGAGUCCGAAACAGAUUCCGAUGGAAGAGCGAAUGUUGGCCCAAUGGACACUAAGAAACGGUGUGGAAUCGCCCUUGAAGGUCACCCGUACAUGAGGAACGUCGUACAUCGAAGCAAGACUGAAUCUCUGAAAUAA